AUGUUCGUACCGAGGGAGGUCAUUAAACGGAACUUUGUCGAGACCGCAAACGCUACCGUGCCGGAGUUCAAGCCGAUAUCAGAUGCACAGAUAACAAAAAUCAAUCUGAUCAUGAAAGAUCUCUUAACCACGACGCCAACGAAGUACAGACACGGCAGACAUCUUGACAACGAUGUGAGCAAGACGAAAGAUGCGGUAACCGAGCUGCCAGAGAAAGAUAGGAAAUACGAUGAUGGGUGUCCCCAAGGUGGGACGUGCGAGUUCUUUCUGUCGUGCUGGAUGAAAGGUGGCCUGCUGGAAGGCUCUUGCGGGGGACUGCUAAAGAGCUGUUGCCACAGAGUAGCGAAGUCCGGUAUUCUUGGAGUGCAAGACUCGAAUAGUAUAGAAUCGCCAUUUGAAGGCUUCAGUUACGGCCCAGUUAUUAACGACGAGAGCUGCGGCGUAGCAGUAAGUAAGCAGACGGCGCAGAGAAGGAUAGUGGGUGGUGAUGACGCUGGCUUCGGUACCUUCCCCUGGCAGGCCUACAUAAGGAUAGGAUCAUCCAGAUGUGGCGGUUCUCUUAUAUCCCGGCGUCAUGUGGUCACGGCGGGACAUUGUGUUGCGCGUGCGCAACCCCGUCACGUGAGAGUCACGCUGGGCGAUUACGUCAUCAAUUCUGCCGCGGAGCCGUUACCUGCUUAUACGUUUGGAGUCCGAACUAUUAAGGUUCACCCCCUCUUCAAAUUCACACCGCAAGCAGAUCGCUUCGAUGUUGCCGUCCUCACCUUGGACAGAAAUGUUCAUUAUAUGCCUCAUAUUGCCCCAAUCUGCCUGCCAGAGCGAGGGUCGGACUUCCUCGGUCAGUAUGGCUGGGCAGCUGGUUGGGGCGCCCUCAGCCCUGGCUCGAGGCUUCGCCCCCGAACGCUGCAAGCGGUUGAUGUGCCCGUUCUUGACAAUAGGGUCUGCGAGCGCUGGCAUAGAGCUAAUGGUAUAAAUGUAGUAAUAUACCCAGAAAUGCUAUGCGCGGGAUACCGCGGUGGCGGCAAAGACAGCUGUCAAGGUGACAGCGGCGGUCCGCUGAUGCUGGAGCGCGCGGGAAGGUGGUACCUCAUCGGCGUCGUUUCCGCCGGAUAUUCGUGCGCUAGUCGUGGGCAACCUGGGAUCUACCACAGAGUAGCGCACACUGUAGACUGGAUUUCACAUGCCACUACACUAGCGUAG